AUUCUCAUCCCCAUCGCCUUUUCCUUUUCCUUUUCCUUCUUGACUUCGUCCAUCUCUUGUCAAUCUUUAGUUGAAUCCUACAUCUACAUAGAUAUUCUCCCGAUCAUCAUGACUGGAUCAGCGCAAACCUCGGCUCACAAUGCUAACCGUACAAACGGUGAUCUCAAGAAUCGAGAAAAUAUCGUGCAGUAUGCCAAAUUCUGGAACAAAGAUCACACCAAGAACACCCAAGCAGACGAUGUCAAGAGACGUGAUGAAUACGAAGGUAUGGUCAACGGCUACUAUGAUGGUGUGACCGAUUUAUUUGAAUACGGUUGGGGAAAGAACUUUCAUUUCUGCCGAUUUUACAAGGGUGAACCUUUCUUACAGGCCAUUGCUCGACAUGAGCACUACCUAGUUUCUCAGAUGGGUAUCAAGGCCGAUAUGAAAGUAUUGGAUGUGGGUGCUGGAGUUGGUGGACCGGCUCGAGAGAUCGCAGUCUUUACCGAUGCUAAUAUCAUUGGUAUCAACAACAACAUCUUCCAAGUCGACCGUGCAACAAAAUACACCAAAGACGCUGGCCUGUCUCACAAGAUCACCUACGAAAAGGGUGAUUUCAUGCAUAUGGCCGAGCAAUUUGGUGAAAACACAUUUGACGCUGUCUAUGCGAUCGAAGCCACUUGCCAUGCGCCGGUCUGCGAGGGCGUCUAUGGUGAGGUGUACAAGGUCUUGAAACCAGGCGCCAUUUUCGGAUUCUAUGAGUGGUGUAUGACCGACAAAUAUGACAAGGACAACGUCGAUCAUCAACGGAUUCGACACGAGAUUGAAUUGGGUGAUGCGAUUGCUGAGAUUCGGACCAUUGCCCGUGCCACCGAAGGACUCAAGGCUGUCGGGUUCGAGAUCCUACGUUCCGAAGACUUAUCGACUCGUGAUGACGCUCUGCCCUGGUAUUACCCACUUCGUGGUAACCUCAACGAUGUCCAGACAGUAUGGGAUUAUCUUACUAUGCUUCGCUUAACCCGUGUGGGUCGUGGCUUUACCCAUUAUGCCUGUGUUGCCGCCGAAGCCGCUGGCCUCAUACCUAAGGGGACUACGGCUUGUGGUGAAACUCUAAAUAUCGCCGCAGAAGCCCUUGUUGUUGGAGGUGCAGCUGGUGUAUUUACACCUAUGCAAUUGUUCAUUUGCCGCAAACCACUUUAAAGAGAGGAAAAGGAAUCAAAAUAGGACCUGAUCGGUUGUGCGCAACUCGAGAAGGUCCGCUCUGUGAUCUCGAUACUGAAAUUUUUACCGUUACUGUUCUUGUCUCCCUCUCAAAAUAAUCUCGAUAUAGUGCUUGAUUUAUUCCAACUGCUUGGGGCUCUUUUCCACUGUCGUUGUCUGAUUGGCUGUUUGUUAAUUGCUUUUUAUGUACAGCUCGACUUGGACUUUCUAUCUUUCUCGUCUUGAUAUCCUCAUGUUCGUGAUGUGUUUGGCUCAAUCAUGAAUUCUUUCACGUCUUUCUGUUAUCCACAUCUAUUCGCCUUGACUACCAAGUGUGAUGUGAGAUCAAGUGGUUAUUGAAUUGUUCAGCUGUAUUGCCUAAAAUCUUUGACUCGGCAUUUUAUCGAGAGCAGAGUUGGGUCAUCCAACAGCGUGCAAUAAGGCACAUCAAAGUCAG